GAGUUAAUGUGGAAAGAUUUAAGAAAAGAAGAACAGAAUGGAAUGAGGGCAAUAUAAGAAAAAAAUUAAGAAGAGGUGCAGGUGGUGAAAUCACUGUUCCAUGUCCUGAAACCAAUGGAAAAGUGCUGAAGAAAUUGCAAGAAAAAGUUUUGUCAGACGAAAUAAAUGUUGGGGAGCUAAUAGUGCCAAGAAAGGUAAUUAAAUCGCAAUAAUUAUAUAAAAUUAUCAGGUUUUAGACAUUUUAAAUAACUGGAAAUUAUUUCAAAAAAUAUUAAUAUACCACUGAAAUAUCAAAUAUACUGUACCAGUAGAUUUAUUUACAGUAGUAAUAAUUAAUAUAAGGAAAUUAUAGUUUAGAGAUUGCAAUAGUUUUUGUGAUUCUUAUUCCUAAAUACUGGUAUUGAAGUAGAAAAGCUAGACGUACACUGUAAAUGUUAAUAAAAUAGUAAAGGUUCACAGUAGAUUUAAACUGUUUACAUUUUACCAGUGAGCUAGUUUUAAUUAAAAUCAAAUAAUCUUAGUUUCAUUCUUGUUUAGUAUGAGAAGCUAGUGCUGAAAGAGGAUGGAUCAAUCGAGAAGUCUUCCUUUUUUGUGGAGGGACGCAAAUGCCCACUGGUUGAGAUCAGGAGAAGAAAGCUACACGAGUUGGAGAAAUAUAUGCGAAUUAAUGAUGAAAAAGAUGUGGAUAGCAUGAGUGUGACAGAAGUUGAGAACAGGUUGACAAUGCUGAAUGAGAGAAAAGAGGGUGAGGAUGAAACAGAGAUGAGAGAGCGGCUAAAGGUAAUGGAAAGAACACGGCAUCUACUAGUAUGGCAUGACCUAUCUACAGUAGCGAACCAUUCUCACCUUGUCUUUAUGGCAACCUGCUUAUAUGACCAAGCCACAUUCUACACCAACAGUGAAUAUGAAGCCAUCCAUCACUGGGAAAAAAGUAAAUAUCCAGUCAUUAGUUGAAGCACCAAGUCUGUACAUUGUAGCAAGGUACUCAUCCUGUGAUGAAGAUCAAUUAUGUUACAUUGAAACCAGACUUGACUGUUUAGAGGAACUCUCAGACCACACCACUACAACCACUGGUGUACCUGUUGCAGACAAGAUGAGGUUUUUCCACGGUGACGGUCCUUCUCGUCAAUAUGAAGCUGGUCAACAGAAAGGUGGGAAUUUCUACUGUGCCGUGUGUGGUGCCAAUGCUCAUCAGGUGCAUGAACUUGAUUAUGUGUUUCGUUGCCCACAUGUAUCACUGGAGGAUCGACAACAGUUGGUGUUUAAAGGUCGACAUGGUAAAGCAAAUUCUUUGGCAAAGUCAAAUAAACCUUUCCAUGGAUUAACAAAACCCAACUUGAUCAGGGAGUUGAAUGCCAGAUCAAUCUAUGAAGGAGAAAAAAAGAAAGAAUUAGAGGAUCUCUUGAAGGAUGAGCUGCAUGGAGUUCAAAGAGUACCAGCCCUACUUUUCACCAGUCCCAACAAAACCUUAGAGUCAAUUAACUGUGCUGGUUAUGAGAUUCUAGGUUUUGAACCCCUCCACGACAUUGGGAAGCAUAUCGAAAAUCUAUUUUGUGAGCUACCAGACCAUCUGCCAACCAAUGAAGCUUCUAAGUUGAAGGCUAUUCUUGAAUUGUGCAUUGGGGGGAAAGACACAAAGCGAACCAUUGAUUACCGCUGUGCUUUGAUUGUUGUUUCAAAUCAGCUUAGAGGCUCCGUUAAUCCAAAGGUUCAGUUGUUGCUUGACACCCUUGUUGAAAUUCAAGAAGUAGCCUACAACUCAGAAGAGCACAGAACACCACGAUCAGUUCUGAGAUUUCAUAACCUUACCUGGCGUCACGCAAUGUUGUGCAGGUCAGUUAUCGGGUUUUCCCCGAAGCAAAUGUCAACAAGAAAGUUUUACGGUAAAUACUUCCACAACAUUUCAGCACAUGCACCAAUCCAGAACAGAUUGAUAAGCGGCCGAUCUGCAAACACCGAAGAACAGGAACGAGUAUUCAAUAGCAUCAACAACAUAACCCGAAUGACAUCUUCUAACCAUCCCAAGCACAUCAUUGGCAACAUGCCAUCAACCUCUGACACACAAGAAGCUCAUGUUUUCAAACUUGCAUCUUCUCUUCCAAAUUUUGGAAACACUGUUAUUCCUAAACAGAUGCUAGUAAGUAAUUUCAGACCUUGGCAAGCUCAUCUUGAAAGGAUCUGUGAUUUCUUAUUAGCAGGUGGAGGAAUUUGGUGGAGAACAUGCAACAAUGGUGACAUUGAGUUUUUUUAUGUGAAGGGAAAUCCUGAAGCAGUUCCUCAAGGACCGACCUUGCACCAUUUCCGCUCCAGCAACUUUAAAAAAGAGGAAGCUUACUUAAAGCACUGUUGGCAAACAUGCUUGAAGAAAAAAAUAGAACUGCCAGUAAAAGUACUUCAGAUUGAAAAUGCCGAAGGUAACAUGGUAUUUAUAGAUACAAACCAGGAGAGGGAAGCCAUUGUUGGUCAAGGUUGAACGCCAGAAAGUGAAGAUAUUGGUGUUGUUGAUGAGAGUGUGGUUGGAUGUGAUGCUGAGUUAGGUUGUGAUGCUGAGUUAGGUUGUGAUGCUGUGGUUGCAGGUGGUGAUGAUGUGGUUGGUUGUGAUGAUAUUGUACAAACAGGUGAGCUAGAAGUGGAUGUUGAAUAUAAUGUAAGGUUAGUUGAGAUUUCUGAAGAUAAUGUUGUUUGUUUUGAGAAUGAUCAUCAGGGUGAAGCUAAUGAAACUGGUUCAAAUUCUGAAGCAAACACUAUGAAACCAAAAAAUAGGGAUAAAGGUACUUGUACCAAUAUUUAUAUUAUAGUACUGUAAUUAUUGUUCUAUUAUCCACAAAUAGCCUUAAGUUAAAUAGUUAUUUCAAUUCAAUAAUCGGGUGUGAAUAUUUCUUUGCCUACUUUAAUUAAACACAUUUGGUCUUGUUUAUUUCUAGGAAACGAUAUGAAACAGACAGCAUGAACAAAACAAGGACAAAAAUUAGGAUAUAUUUUGGGACUGACCGAGGAUGUGUUGCAGUUUGAUAAGGCAAGAAAAGAAUUACGGGCUUCACCCCAAAACACGGAACUCAUAAACAAAUACUUACACGUCUUACCAGUCAUGGAAACCAAGUUACUGCACGAACAGACCAACAUCAAACAACAGCUAAAGAACAUCAAGCGGCAACACGUUCAUAAGAAUGGUACACUACUGACAACGAAAACCUUGUUAAAAGACCCAACUUCGAAACUGCUGAUGGACAAAUUGAAAUACUGUAAAGCCAUGACGGAUCAGUGGAAAGUAGAAAGAAAAUGA